AUGGCUCAAUCUGAUGUGGUCGUAGAAGUGGUACAAGCAAAAGAAGCUGAUGAAGAUUGCGAAAAACCAAGUACCUUAACAAGGUUGAAGAAUUUCUGCAUGCGAAAUUACCUACCAAUUGAAACCAUACUCUCCAUAAUCAUCGGAAUACUUUUUCCUCAACCUGCAGUCUAUCUCAGCCAAAGAAUCCCAGUUGCAAAAAUUUGCAUUAUUGUUCUCUUUUUCACCAUUGGUUUACGACUACGUUUUGUGGAAGCAAAAUCUGCGGUCAAAUUUUAUAAAGAGGUCGUCGUUGGCUUGCUUUUGGUCCUGUUUGUUGGUCCAGUAUUUGCUACAAACGUGCUUAACCAGGUCCCAUACUUUGAUUCACUAAUUGGUGAUGAGCAGAAUUCGAGAAACAGUUCGAAUUCCUCCGAAGAAAUGGCAAUUCUUGGACCCGAGGAAUUUCGUCUUGCUUUGCAAAUAUAUUGCAUGUGUCCAACGGCCCCAGCUACGUCACUCAUUCUGGUAAGUUAGUUAAUGUUAAUUAGGACUAUAGGAGAACAGGUUCUCAUCAAGAACAUGCAGUUUCAUUUAGUAAAUAUAUAUAUUCGUACACUAUAUAAAGAACACCAUAUAGUAAGACUAUUUUAAGUACUGUAGCCAUGAGUAAAUUGAAGUAUUCUACAAGUUAUGACUCAUGAGUAUAAAACUUUCCGAGGUAGAUGACGUGUAAUAGAGUUGUAUGCAUGGUGCGAAUUUUUAGGUCAAUUUAGAGAAAAUCUUGAUCAUAUAUUGUGUUUUCUACGACUUUGAAGCCAAAAUGGCACAUUUGCCCUCCCUCCCCAGUUUGGGGUUUAGCUUGACACGCGCAGGUGUACUACGAGUAACCCAUGCGUUGAAACAUUUGCCAACGUUUGUUUGUUUUUAAAUAUUCACUGUAGGUAACAGCAGCAAACGGUCACCGAGGUUUGAGUAUCUUGGUUGCAAUGUUGUGCACCAUUAUAUCUGUAUUUACCAUCCCUCCAAUGUUGACAUGGUUUCUACCAACCUUUCAACAUGUUGGUCUAAAUGUUGGUCAAGUGUUGUUGGAUACUAUACUCAGAGUACUGUUGCCUUUAGUGGUGAGUAUACUGUAUGUACUGUAGUCUGUACUUUUAUGAAACAUUUUUUGAUAUUGGGUUUCGGCAUUUUUCUUGCUUCGAAGUUGUAUCAUUAUAUAAUUAAACAAUCUGAUAAACAAGUAAUGUGCAGCAUAGGAACAUAGACAAGAGACGAUACAUCAACGCAGAGAAUGUUGCAGGAUUUUGCGGACGGAAAUUUCGAGUGUAAAUUUUGGACAUUUUGCACAUUGCAUUAUGCGCCCCUAUAAUGUAACACUUGCUGAACGAGGGCCGAAGGCCCGAGCCAAGUGCCGCAGGCGCGAGGUUUUUUUAGGAUGGUCCGGAGGCAUGCUCCCUCGGAAAAUUUUUAAAUUUAGAGUCUCUAAAAUGCCAUUCCCUGGACUUUGGGGAAAGUUUUGACAGAAAUCUGAUGGUCAGAAAACGGCAUUAUAACGUGUCAAAAUUUGGUUGGAAUUUAGUACUAGUACUUAAUACUAUAAUCCUUUUCCGGCUGAUAAUUUCAGCAAAAAUAAAACAAAAGUUAUUCCGAAUAAGGAGUGCAUAAUAUUAACACACAAUUUAUUAAAACUGUAUAUUUCGAAUCUAAAUCAGAUUCAUCUUCAGCAGUAAAUAUAACGACAUAUCUUGCAAAACACUGCUGAAGAUGAAUCUGAUUUAGAUUCGAAAUAUACAGUUUUAAUAAAUUGUGUGUUAAUAUUAUGCACUCCUUAUUCGGAAUAACUUUUGUUUUAUUUUUACUUAAUACUAUAUAUCACGUGUUGUGUUGAAUGUUGAAUGUUGAAUGUUGAAUGUUGAUAACGUCAAAUAUUACCCAUAUAUCGACCGAGGCAUAUUCUUUAUGCAAUGUCAUAUCGCAUGUUUUCUAAUGAGUCUUCAGUGUUACUCGAAAAUCCAAGUAAUAUAAUCGAUAUUCAAUACCGACUGUUAAUUUCUAGCAUUUCUAAACAUUUUCAUAUAAGCGCUUUCGACAAUUCUGAUGUCAGACCUCCAAAGGUGGUAAUAAUAUGCUCCUUGUCCAAACACAUUAAAAUCAUCCGUUCAGUUGUCAUAACGCUUCAAGUCUUUCUUGAGACAUGGACGAACGUAUGCGAGUUUUUACUCUCUUCAAAUCUCUUAGUAAGAGCAGAGAAAGAGCGCUCUGCAGUUGCAGAGCUGAUUGAAAUUGCGACUGCGAUCGCGUAAACGUUACAACUAGGUGGUAAUCCCAGUUCUAUUCUCUACUGAUCUAGUGAUCUGAAUACAUUUACAACUUAAAGCUUUUUUAUACAAUAACACACGGACCCCACGCAUAUGCAUUUUAAGGUUUCCUUGCAUAAUACCAGCAAAAAAGGGCAUAAUUCCCGUAAUCGCUUCGAAACGUGACCAAAAUUCCGGCAAUGCGACAUUGCAUGUGAUCACUGAUCGUGUUCCUACAGUGUGUAUCAAAAUAAUUCGAAUCCAAAUUUGACAGACUGCUGUUUAUAAAAUACUAAAGUAAACCAUAUAAUUUUUAUAUGGCAAUAAAGAAUAGCCUAUUAGGUUUUCGAUUAUAUCGUUCUUAUAUCAAUAAGAUCAAAAAUGACCAAGAAAUCGUGUGUUAAAACUGGUUGCUCGAAAUCAAAUUUUUCCGCCGAUGGGAAUUCGAAGUGAGACGUACAAACAAAAGAUAAUGCAAAUUUAAUUAAUCAACAAACUGUUAUGUAGCAAAAUUUACAUAAAUUCAUGUUCAUUUAAAGAGAUUUAAGCUCCUAUGCUUUCAACAUGUUGAACGAGAAGAAAUUCGCGUUAAAUUUGCAUUUUAGUUUUCAGUGAUGAUUAGCAUUUCAAAGCCUUGUGGGACUAACUUUGAAAGAAAAAAUGUCCAAUUCCCAUCGGCGGAAAAUUGUGAUUUUUAUGGACUUUUUUGUCAAAGCAAUACUCCUUCAUUUUCCAACUAAAUGACGCGUACAGCAUGUCAUUUGAAAGAUAAAUAAAUGAACUUAAUGGUGUAAAAACCAACCGAAUUUGUCAAAUAUAUUCUGCGUUAUUACACGCCAAAUUUGGAUUCGAAUUAUUUUGAUACACACUGUAUAUGAACGAUUUCGUGCGAGGUAGCAAAGACGGUUAGACAAAAUAGUCUAUAAUUAAAUAUAUCACUUUGUCGGCUGAAUCUGCGCCCCCUUUUCAAUUUUGCGCCCCCAAGAAUUGCCAGCUGGGGGGGGGGGUCCCCGACCGGCACGCCACUGAAUUUUAUUUUAACCCCGCGUUAACCAUAAUUUUAAUCCAGUCGCUUUUUCAGUUGUUCAACUAUUUUUGUGUUGUUUUUUAAUAGAUGGGAAGAUGUUUGCGCUGCGUGCCUCCCAUAAAGAAAGUGGUCAAUAAAUGGAACGAUAUAAUAAAAUAUUUUGGACUGAGCUUCCUUGUUGCAUUAUUCCUGGUUAAAGUGAGUGAAACGAGCGCAAGUGGUAAUCUAGCCAAAGUUUCCGUUGUAAACAUUCUAUGCGUGGUUGCACUUGGAACAAGUCUUACAACAUUUAAUGCUCUAUCAAGUUAUGGUCUUAUUUCAAUCUUACCUUGGUUCUCAAACAAAUCAACCGUGACAUUAUCAAUAGUGAGUUCUAUUCGAGUUGCAGGGCUGGCAGCUACAAUUAUUGAUGUAUUACCUGACAACAUAGGAGACAAAGGACUUCUUGUUCUUCCUAUGGUGUUUGUCUACCUUGCCACUCUAUUGAUGUUGAAUGGUUUUGUAUCUGUUGUCAAAGUCAAAGAGGAGGAUACUGCACUGGAUAGACCUUCGCAGACUACAGAGCAAGACAAGGAGCAAGACAAGGAUAUCAAAGAGUCAACUAUAAACUCCGAAAUUAAUGAAGUUGCAAUCUUUACCAUCUACACUGAAGAAAUGUCAGUCAAAGAUAAACAAUUGUAA